CCGAAACUUAACUAUACACCAGCGCCCCUAAUGACAAAUUCAAAGCAAUUACUCUGAUUGACAAGUGUAACAAUUUUUUCAUUUUUAGCAUACGAUUAAUUUAUUUUUAAAUAAAUUUGGAACUUAAAAAUCAGAUUAAUAUUGAGUUAAUUUGAUUUUGCAGCAACAGUUUCAGAGUACAGUCCAAUCAUUAAAUUAAAUAAUAAACGUCAAAAUAGAUUGAAUCAUGGUCUAUCUGAAUUCUUCAACAUCCAAUUGGACAACGAAGUUUACACUAAAAAGCAAUGUUAUCAAAAGGACGGUCGUAGGAUUGUCGCUACUAGCAUAUUUCGCUUUAGCUCUUUUCGUCGGUCCCCCUUUCAUUAUAACCAAUACUUUGAUCAUCCAAAUUAGAAGUUUUCAAGAAGUAAUGAAUAUCGCACUUCGAUUAAAGAAGCUUCCACAUAUACCAUACUUUGUAGAAUUUGUUUGGUAUGCAAUUAUUUUGGCUAAUUACUUUUGCUUCGUGGAAACUUUCGCUCAGUACACUCAAGUAAUUAUCAACAAAUAUUGGUUACUUCGUAUUCUGGUUGAUUUUCACAAAAUAAUUUCUUUGUUGUUAUAUUUUUUAGGAUUGAUAUUCUUUUUAGUAACAUUAAAAAAAGAGUUUAUGUUACAACAGUAUACCUUAUUGUUUUGGAUACACUUUUUAACAAUCAUCCUGACUGUACAAAGUUAUUUGUUCAUCCAAAAUCUUUACGAAGGUCUUAUUUGGCUUAUGAUACCUUUUCUAUCAAUAAUCAUUAAUGAUAUUUUCGCUUACUUUGUUGGUAAAAACUUUGGAAAAACCCCUUUGAUCACAUUAUCACCAAACAAAACUGUGGAAGGCUUUGUUGGUGGAGGAAUAUUCACGGUACUAUUGGGACUUUUUCUCGCUCAUAUUUUUUGCCAUUACGACUACUUAGUUUGUCCAAUAAAAUAUUACGAAGCUGAUCAAAAAAUUCUUCGAUUUACUAAUUGUACUAGAAAUUAUUUAUUUCAACCGAUUGUUUACCACGUUGCGUAUACAAAUUUCUCUUUGAACUACUAUCCGUUUCUUCAACAUGCUUUAUAUCUAACGCUCUUCGCUAGCAUUGUUGCGCCUUUUGGUGGAUUUUUUGCCUCUGGUUUUAAAAGAGCUGUGGACAUUAAAGAUUUUGGAAAUAUUAUUCCUGGACAUGGUGGCUUUAUGGAUAGAUUUGAUUGUUAUUUCUUGAUGGGAACAUUUGUUAAUGUUUAUAUAAGCACUUUCAUAAAAGAACGCAACAUUGAAGAUAUCACGACCAGAAUGAAUAAUCUAACUCUCAAUGAAAAACUGAAACUGUUCUCGCUCUUGAAAUCUGCACUUAAUGAGUAAUACUGAAAAGUAUUUUGAAUAACUGUUAGUGAUAAAUAUAUAUAUUUUUUAGA